UCGACAGAUUUGUCAAUAAAUAACAUUCGAUGGCGCCACAAUCGUUCCUAAGCGACGAGACACGGAUCAUGUUGGAGGUAAAAGGUCUGAUAUCAAGAAUAUUUCUCUCCCACUCGACUCUCUCUCUUACCCGGUCAUUCCUUUGCCGUUAAAGUACGACGUACGUUCUGAGCAGUACAGAGUAACCUCCAUCAUCAUACAUAUAUUUGCAACGGCUGCACCUUCUUACACUUUCUGCGGCCGAAAUAUCAGAGGUGCAAAAGGGCGAGAAAAACGGAGUCGAGCGUGUCGCGUCGACUAUACUGACGAAUAUUGCAACGUAUCUUGGACUGCGUCGAUACAUCGAUAUAUCUAGAAUCAUCUAUCCAGCUAAUAUGAAGGGCUAUGUUAAACGUGACGAAGAAGGCAAAAUACUUAUUGAUAGCAAUGGCUUUAUUACAAUAACAUGUGAAGAUGAAAGUAUAGCGUUCCAACUACAUCUCUCGGAAAUAGAUGAAAAGGCAGAACAAAUGUGUUUCAAUGUCAAUGGCAAGGAUAUAUAUAUUGAUAUAUAUCCAGGAUGGGAAACAAGUGAAAUCGAUCCUAUCGUUGAAACUGAAAAUGAUAAUGAUAAUGAAAAUGAGAAUGACAAUUAUAAAGCUAAUACACCAUCUACAAGUAAAAGUGGAAAUGCAGUAUUUCCUUGGUGCGAUGCCUCAACAAAAAUCUUCUUAAGAGAAUACAAACUUAAGAAAGAACUUGUGAAGAAUCGUAAACUAAAGAACAUGAAACUGGCAUAUCAAGAAAUAUCCAAAAAUUUACAAGAAAAUGGUUUCAAUGUAACUCCUUUGCAAGUAGAAAACAGAUUUAAAACACUCAAACGGGCUUAUAAGAAUAUGAUAAUAAGUAACAGACGAACUGGAAGAGGAAGAUAUAUUUGCAGUUAUGAACAGGAUCUAGAUGAAAUUUUCUCUGCCAGACAUCUUGUGCCUGAGAUGCAUGGAUCGGAUGUAGAAGCCAAUGGAGAAGACAAUGCAGAAGGCACAGACAAACUUGGUAUUACUGAGAGUGUCAGAUUAGAAGCUCAGUUUAAAAGAAUGAUUGAUAAUCUACAGAAUUGUCAGCGUGCAUUAAAAACUUUAACCUCCAAAAUGGAAAACAGAACCAAGAACUCCAAUGAUAUGCAACACAAACUCUUGAAUGUAUUCAUAGAGAUGCGAGAUAUGCAUAAAGAAGUUUAUGCACGAGUAGAAGAGGAUAGAUUGCAAGCUAAUCAACAGAGAGAAGAAACAAAUAGAUUACUUGGACAAAUUAUAAAACUGCUACAAAUUAAAAAAGAAGCAUAAUACAGUCAAUGUCAGAUAAGCA